AUGGUGUCUACACCACGUGUUCAACAGCCGUGUAGAGUCCCGGAGCUCCGCCAUCUCCGCCUCAGGAUCCAGCAUAUCGGUGCCUCACUUGCCUCUGCUUCACAAUCUCACUCAUUCCCAACAACAACACGCCCAGCAAUGGCAUCCCAUCAACUCGCCAUUGCAAAGGCCUCCUUCUCCGCAGGACUCUUACGUCCAGACCCGACGUCCGUCGCGCGCGACGAAAUCACAGCCUUUCACACCAGCCUAGACCGGGCGCUAUCGCAUUGCACCCCGGCAAACAUCCAGACCUGCAAACAAUGGCUCCUGGAUUACGUCGUCUCGUCAGGUAACCGCGUAGGCGGAUGGGCCAAAUACCUAGCUGCGUUGUCUGGAUCAUUCGAAACAUCAUCCACACCAUCGCCGGCCGAGAGUGGUGGGAAACGGUCGACAUCGACAUCUGGCAAGCGGAAACGCCUCCAUAUCCUAUAUUUGCUGAAUGAUGUGCUGCACCAUACGAAAUACCACCUGGAUACGAGCGCCGCGUUCAGCACUUUGAGCGGAUCGCUGCAACCGCAUGUGGUCGAGCUGUUGGGCUACGCGGCGUCGUAUGAUCGCGAAAAGAACCCGAAGCACCAUCGUCGGUUGGAUGAGUUGCUGGAUAUCUGGGAGGAGAAUCGCUAUUACGGCAGUGAUUAUGUGAAUAAGCUACGGGAGGUGGUAAAGAAUGCUUCGGUGUCGGGUCCGGUCAAGACGUCGCUGAGUGUCGAGGAGAGUAAUUUGGAUUUCGCGGGAGCUGGUGCGAAACCAAUGCCCUCGGGCAAGGAUGUCCCGUUCGUUAUGCCGGCUACGCAUGGUGAUCCGUCUAUGCCGUACUACGAUCUACCUGCGGGAAACCUCGUUCCACAUAUUAUCCCGGAUUCGACGGUGCCGCUGCGACCGGACACAAUCAAGCCGCUGCAGUUCUUGGCUGGGCCGGCGGACGAGAAUCUUGUCGUGGCGCUGAAGAAGUUCAUGAAGGACGUGGAUCGGAUAUAUGGGACUGGAGAGCCGGAACACGAAGAGGACGAGGUGGUGGAUAUCGAUGAUCUUGGCCAGGUGGUCGUCCGCGAUGCCGACGGUGAGGUAGUCGAGGGAGAAACAUACUACGGAUGGUCACGAUCAUUCUGCCAACAGAUGAAGAAGCGCCAGGCAAAGGGAGACAUGAGUCGCAGCCGGAGCCGCAGUCGCAGCCCCGUUAAGCGGCGACGAUACAGCGACAGUGCCAGCGACUGGAGUUCGCGCUCACGAUCACGAACUCGUUCACCGCAACGCAGAUCACGCCGGCGUGAUUCCCGAUCCCGAACACGAUCUCCGUACCGACCUCGCAGUGCAUCCCGAUCCAAGUCGCGGGAGCGAUCCAAAUCCUAUUCUCCACGUCCGCCAGCUCCCCGAUCCAUCCCUCCUCCGCCUGAAUACCAUCAUCAUCAACAACAACCUCAAUAUCCACCACCACACAAUGCAUACGGCAAUGCAGCACCGCCGCCCCCUCCGGCUCCGGUAGGAUAUCAUGCACCACCACGGCCGCCACCACAAAUGGGGUAUCCCCCGGCCGGCGGCGUACCACCGCAUUUCGCUUUCCCGCCGGGAGGACCGGCCCCGCCUCCGCCUCCGCCACCGAACUAUCAGGGUGCUUGGCCGCCGCCGCCGCCGCCUCCGAUGAACCUCGGGGCGGCACCUCCACCGCCGCAUGCUCCGCAUCAAGGUUCACAUUUCCCACCGCCAUACGGACAGGGUCAGUAUGUGCAGCAGAUGCCACCGGGGUCGUAUCAUUUCCCUCCUCAUCCAGGAAGUCAUCCCGGAAGGGGAGGAUGGUAUGGUGGAGGAGGGGGAAGAGGACAGGGAUGGCGCUGAUAUCACAAGAUUGCUUGUACUAUACUGACUGAUACAACACUACAUUAUGCCAUAUGCCAUAUAUCAUUAAUGAACGACAGAUAACAGUCGAUUAAC